UCUUUGUCGAUCGAGAUCAUUCAGUGUACGUAUCAGACUGGAACAAUCAUCGUGUGAUGAAAUGGGUGGAAGGUGCGAAAGAAGGUAUUGUGGUCGCUGGAGGACAAGGUGAAGGGAAUGCUCUGACACAAUUGUCUGAUCCUCAUGGAAUCUUUGUUGAUACGUUGGGUACACUCUAUGUAGCAGACCAGGGGAAUCAUCGUGUAAUGCGUUGGACUCAAGGAGACAAGAAACAAGGCACUAUAGUUGUGGGUGGAAAUGGUUCAGGAGAAGGAGCAAACCAGUUCCACUACCCCUUGGGUUUGUCGUUUGAUCGACAUGGUAAUCUCUACGUCGUCGAUGCAGGUAAUAAUCGUGUUCAACGAUUUUCUAUCGAAUAA